AUGAGCAGCGACGCAAAGCCGAAGAAGAGCCUCGUGCUCAAUGCCUUCGUAAUGAUGGCCAGCGGGCAUCAAUCGCCGGGUCUGUGGAGGCACCCAGACGACGAGUCGUGGCGCUUCAACGAAGUAUCCCACUGGGUCGAGUUAGCGAAGCUGCUUGAGAAGGGGAAGUUCCACGGCAUCUUCAUUGCCGAUGUCCUCGGGGGGUACGACGUCUAUAGGGAUUCCCUAGAUCCCGCAAAGAUAUCCGGAGCCCAAUGGCCGACUAAUGAACCCCUUUCUGUAAUUUCCGCCAUGGCGGCGGCGACUGAGAGCAUUGGGUUUGGCGUCACGGCUUCGACUACGUACGAGCAGCCGUAUCAUUUCGCCAGGCGCUUGUCGACGGUAGAUCAUUUAUCUAAAGGACGAUUAGGCUGGAAUGUCGUAACAAGCUACCUCGACUCGGCCGCGAAGAACCUAGGCUUUACAGAGCAGCCAAAACAUGACGAUCGCUACGCACAAGCCGAGGAAUACCUCAAGGUCAUCUACAAGCUUCUAGAGUCGUCCUGGCGGGACGACGCCGUAAAGCUAGACCGGCAGUCGGGCAUCUACACGCAGCCGGACCUAGUACGGGCGAUAAACCACCAAGGCAAGUUCUUCACCGUCCCCGGCCCGCACAUCUGCCAGCCGAGCCCGCAGCGAACGCCGCUGCUCCUGCAAGCCGGCACGUCUCGCGCCGGGAAGCAGUUCGCGGCCCAGCACGCCGAGGCCAUCUUCGUAUCGGCCCACGCGCCGGAAGUCUGCGCGAAGAACAUAGCCGAGGUGCGGGAGCUCGCCAAGACCGCGUACGGCCGAGACCCGUCGAACAUCAAGGUCCUGGCGCUGGUGACGCCGAUCCUAGGACGGACGGAAGAAGAAGCGCAGGCCAAGCUGGCCGACUACCGGAAAUACGCCUCGCACGAAGGGGCUCUGGCUCUAUUCGGCGGAUGGACGGGCAUCGAUCUUGACAAGUACGGGGACGAAGAGGAAUUGAGACACGUGGAGAGCAAUGCGGUGCGAUCCACCGUCGAAGGCUUUGCCAGAUUCUCGCCCAAGACAGCAAAGUGGACCAAACACACGAUAGCAGAGCACAUCGCCCUCGGCGGCAACGGACCCCUAUUCGUCGGGACGCCGUCGCAAGUAGCAGACGGACUCGAGACCUGGGUUGACGAAGCCGACGUUGACGGAUUUAACUUUGCAUACGCACUCUUCCCCCAGUCCUUCAAGGACAUCAUCUCGCUUCUGCUCCCCGAGCUGCGAAGCCGGGGCUUGUUCUGGGACGACUACGCGGUGCCCGGGGGCACGUACCGGGAGAACUUCUACCAGAAGCCGGGACAGACCGGCCCGCUCGACGAGCACGUUGCUUCCACGUACAGGUGGAAGGCGGGUGUUCCGUCAGAGCAGCAUGUGAUUCAGGAUCAAGCUCGGCGGAGGGCUCGUAAGGCAGAUGAAUUAUAUGUAAGGUAG